UGAGGCCUUUUGCAUGUCUGUGCCCAGGGGACCAUUGUCUCAUAAUCCGCACAUGACUCAAAGCCUAUAGUCAAAUCAAACCAGAAUGUCGAGAGAAAAGUGAGAAAAUAUGUUUCUUUUUAAUGUAUUUUUUUUUUUUUUUUUAAUUUUGUUGGAACUACCCUUAACACUGUGAUCAAGUUGGAAAAAAACUUCAUAGCUCCACAUGGCACGAUGUUGUGUGAAGCAUCAUGCAGGUGUUCCUUGCUUUCUGCUAUUCAGUGACAGCCAAACAGCAGCUGGCUGCAAGCCACACCUCCCUUUACCUGCUGCUCUCUAAAGGCAGCUGGCUGACACCACACUGUGUGUCUCACGUUGGAUGAAUUACUAUCACAGACUUCUUAAAGCAACUAUUAGGCUGACAGGAUUAUUUUUUUUUUAUAGCAAAAGAGGAUUCAAUGAAAUAUAUUUUUGGGGAUAUAUCCAAUCUGACUGUUAUAUAAGAAUAGUUACAGUGGGACUGAACUAGAUUGCUUUGAAACAAAUUCGAAGAACUGACGUUGAUAUGGAUUUCUUACAGCUGUCAGACAGAAUCAUUGAUAAAUCUGCUGGGAGGGACAAACAGCAGGAGGACUCAGCAGCAGUCAGAGACAGAGGACAGACGCCUGCUGACUUCAGCAGCAUCUACAGCAAAGACCUGCUCCCAGCUUCAGGUGGUGAGGAAAUGACCAGAGGGUUUCUGCAGGAGCUGGUUAACAUCCUGUUGAGUUACAUCAGCAAGUCAAGUCAGAGGAGCUCCAAGGUCCUGGACUUCCACCAUCCUCACCAGCUGAAAGAGGGACUGGAGGGAUUCAGUUUGGACCUGCCGGACCAACCGGAAACUCUGGAGCAGAUACUAGUGGACUGCAGAGACACACUCAAGUAUGGUGUCAGUACAGGCCAUCCCCGUUUCUUCAACCAGCUGUCUUCAGGUCUGGAUGUGAUCGGUGUAGCAGGCGAGUGGUUAACCUCUACAGCCAACACUAACAUGUUUACAUACGAAGUGUCUCCUGUCUUCAUCCUCAUGGAGGAGUUUCUCUUGAGGAAGAUGCAAAGCAUUGUGGGAUGGUCUGAUGAUGAGGGAGACGGAAUCUUCUCUCCAGGAGGCACAAUAUCCAACCUGUACAGCAUCCUGGUGGCCAGAUAUCACUUCUACCCAGAGGUGAAGACCAGAGGGAUGGGAGUUCUUCCUCAGCUGGCCCUCUUCACUUCAGAACAUAGCCACUAUUCAGUAAAGAAAUCUGCAGCUGUGCUGGGGAUGGGCAGUGAGAAUGUGGUCAUGGUGAAAUGUGAUGAAAGAGGGAAAAUGAUUCCUGCCGAACUUGAGUCUUCCAUUGUUACAGCUGAAGAAAAGGGUCUGGUUCCGUUCUAUGUGAACGCGACAGCAGGCACCACGGUGUACGGAGCCUUCGAUCCUCUCAAUGCCAUCGCUGACAUCUGCCAUAGACACACACUGUGGAUGCAUGUUGAUGCAGCGUGGGGUGGAGGCCUGCUGAUGUCAGACAGGCACAGGAUGAAACUACAGGGCAUUGAGCGAGCCUGGUCUGUAACAUGGAAUCCUCACAAGAUGAUGGGCGUCCCUCUGCAGUGCUCUGUCAUACUAGUCAAGAAGAGAGGUCUCUUAAAGGAGUGUAAUGAGUUGGGGGCUGAGUACCUUUUCCAGACAGACAAACCCUACGACGUGAGCUAUGAUACUGGAGAUAAGAGCAUCCAGUGUGGCCGACAUGUCGACGUCUUCAAACUGUGGCUCAUGUGGAAGGCAAAGGGCUCCGAGGGCUUCGGAUUUCAGGUCAACAAAUGCUUAGAGAAUGCUGAGUAUCUGUAUGAUCAACUGCAGAGGAGGACAGACUUCGAACUGGUCUUCAAAAACAAACCGGAGCACAGUAAUGUGUGUUUCUGGUACAUCCCUCCCAGUCUGAGAGGCCUGCCAGCUGGACCUGACAGAGACGCAAGACUCCAUCAGGUGGCUCCUCGGAUCAAAGGCAGGAUGAUGGAGAAGGGCUCUGUUCUGAUUGGCUAUCAGCCUUUGGGAGCCAAAGUCAAUUUCUUCAGGUGUGUGUUCUCCAAUCCCGCCACACAACAAGAGGACAUCGACUUCCUGCUGGACGAGAUCACCCGGCUGGGUGAUGACCUAUGAUAUCUGAUGUGAUUAUUUGGUCUCACCCCACUUUGUGUCAUUUUGAAGAAAAUGAGUCCAUCCAACUAUGAGACCAUUGUUUUACUGCGCCGUAGAGUGCUGCAGGGAUGAUGUAUUUCUGUAGGCCAACCAGGAAGUUAGCAUCGAUCGCCCUGGAUCCCUCAACAAAAACCCAAUGGGAUUGUUCCAUUGGGUUUUGUAUUAUUGCA